AACCAUUUUGUUCUGUUUGGAAGUAUCUUGUUUCUCGAACGGAAUUGACUACGAAUUCAGAGCUCCAAAGAUAUCCUCAAAAGGAAAAAGAAAGAAAUCGAGUAUUUUCACGAAAGUCAAGAAAAGAAAAACUGAAGUCGAAAUGAACUCGGGGAGUGGCCGAGGAGCAGAUGGGGAGCUGCCAUCGACGUCCAAGCGUCAAUCCCAAGAUGGCGAAGGACAACCUCCCAAGAGACGCCGGCCGGAGGACGGAGGUGCGUCGGAGACGGACAAGAACGGGCGGACUGCGUUGCAUCGUGCAGCAAGGAGCGGAGACACGGAGAGGAUCAGGGAGCUGCUGGAAGGAGGAUGGAACACGAGGGCGAGGGAUCUGAAUGGAAAGACGCCCCUCCACCUGGCCCUGGUGUGGGAGAAGGAGGCCGCGGCGGAGCUGCUCGUGGAGGCCGACUGCGUCACGGAUGUCGCGGAUGACGAAGGGUGCACCCCUCUGCAUUUCGCUGCCGAGAGUGGGUGCGUGAAUGUCAUCCGUAUGCUGCUCGCGGGGGGUGCAGACGCAAGUGCGAAAGACAGAAGUGAAGGCACGCCCCUCCAUGACGCCGUGAUCUGGGGGAAGGAGGCCGCGGCGGAGGCGCUGAUGGAGGCCGCCCCCGAAUGCGACGUGCCGAACAGUACUGGCUGCACCCCCCUGCACUAUGCUGCGAGAGCAGGUCUCCCGCGGAUAGUUCAAUCUUUGCUGUCGAGGGGUGCGCGUUUGAAGCUUAAAGAUAGAUUUGGACACUGUGCCCUGGACUUAGCCCUAGCGGGAGGGCACGACGAUGUGGCGAGAGUGCUCCUGGCGGCUUACGCCUGGAGUUCCAUCGAGAUACAUUGGGAGGAGAUGGAACUCCCGAAGGAUGGCGAGGAGCGCGGCGUCCGGCUGCUCUCCGAGUGCGAGGCCGAGAUGAGGGUGGCCCUGACGGAGGGGUCCCGCCUCUCCCUCCGCGACCUCGCCCGCCGACCCCCCUCCCGCCUGGCCCGGCGCCUCUCCGACGAGGCGAUCCGGCGCCUCUCGGACCGGGACCUCCUGGCGCGGGACUUCCCGCUCUUCGGCGACCUCCUCCUCGUCCGGCUGGGGGAGGUCCGGGAGAGGAGGGCCCUGGAGGACCGCUUCCUGCGCUGCUUCCCCCUCCUCUGCCCGCCCCUGCCCACCACCUGCACCGACGUCCUCCUCGCGUGCCUGGCGGACGACGACCUGAGGCACUUCGCCCGGGCCGCGGAGCUCUAGUCCCCGGCGAAAAAGAAAAUAAAGAUCAGGACUUGAACUGUAUGAAUCUUUUGUUUUUGAAUGUGCCUGAGAUAGUUGACUGAACUUUAUCUGCUGUUUUCGUAAACAAACCCAUUUGUCUUGUCAAGAUGAUUAUUCUGAGACACCUUUCAAAUAGCUUUGUACAUCAUGUGCGAAAUGCUUUGUG